AGAGCAGAAGCUAGCUGCCUUUUGUGCUAGCACGACAGGGAGGACAAGCAGACCCUGGCCCCUGGAACUCUGCUGCCAUGUGCUUCCAUAGGAUCAACCCUGAUGACCUUAAGGCUUGGAAGAACAAAAUGCACCAGGACUUAGAAAGAACCAUGGAUAAGCUCCUAGGUGAAAAUUCAGCACAGGCUGAACAGACCGAGUCAAGCCUGGAAGACCUGGAGAUAGAAUCAAGCCUGGAUGAGCUGGAGGAUGACUUCACUGACAGCUUCAUUGGACUCAUGGAUGCUCACAUCCAGAGAAACAACCUGGAAUCCAUUCCUCUACUUCAAGAAGUAAGAAAUGAAUUUCGCAAUAGAGUCCAGAGGCCCAGAGACCAGAGGUACUCUGUCCCAGACGAUCCAGAGGCCCCGGACUCUGAGGAGACCUUUUUUGAGCGAGUGCAAAGAUUGUUCCAAAAGAUGUUGGAGGCAGUGCAAAAGAUGUGGCAGAAGGCCCUGUCCUGGCUGUGGAAGAUGCUGUCUUGGCUGCAGAAGGCGCUGUCCUGGCUGCAGGAGACUGUGAAAGCCUUAAUCCAGGAGUUUGUAUGCUUUGUGAAAUAUUUGUGGAACCAACUUAAGAGUCUUUUCAGUGCUCUGGCAUCCUUCUUCCGCCCGGCCCUCUUGGUCUAAGGAGCCCUGACAGGUGGAUCAAGGAGCACUCUGACACACCUAAGAGCCCCCUGAGUCCCCACUUCUCAGAAUGAUCUUCUAACAUGGUCUUUGCCCUCCUGCUCACCCCUGACUCCCUCCUUCAGCCUCUCCCUGUCCCCCCACUCCAUCCCAUCCACCAAAUCUUCCCUGCCUGGCCUUCCUGCUGCAGUUUUGACCUGUCCUCUUGCUCUGAUGUCUUCAUUAAAAAGCUGCCUAAAUGGAAUCCAGUGUCUGC